AUGGGGGAGGAGGAGGAGGAGGAGGAGGAGGAGGAGGAGGAGGAGGAGGAGGAGGAGGAGGAGGAGGAGGAGAGGGACGACGAGGAAGAGGAGGAGGAGGAGGAGGAGGAGGAAGAGGAGGAGGAGGAGGAGGAGGAGGAGGAGGAGGAGGAGGAGGAGGAGGAGGAGGAGGAGGAGGAGGAUGUGGCGGCAGUGAAAGGACGGGGCGCUAUGGCUCCUAAGUCACGCUAG